GCGUUGGUCGCUUUCACUACCGUCCCCGUUGUUGUGGUCGUCGUCUUCCUCAUCGUCUCCCUCUUCUCCGGUGUCUCGAACUCGUCAAUCCUCUUCAACAUCCAUCGGGCAAAAUCAGUCUUUGUAUGGUCCUCCACUUACUCUUCCCUAAGAGGCCUCAUUAGCUCAUGACAAGCUGAGCAAGACGCAUGAGAGCCGACGGUGGAUUCAGAUCAGCCACAAUUUUAGUGUUAUCCGUUCAGUGAGAUGUGCUCAGUGCCUGUGGACUCAAAGCAAAGCAUUGCCACCGAAUCUAGGAAUAGCUCUUAUUCUCAAUCUUGCCCCAUGUCUACGAUGGUUACCAAAGGAGAAACACUGAGGCAAUCUUCUCCGGCACCGGACACGCCACCCUCAGAAAAUGAGGAUCGAAUGACUUUGUCCAGAAGAGGUGGUGGGUUAAGCGUGAAGUCUGACAAAGACUUGAUCUCCGACCCUGAGUCGCCCGGUCGUGAUGAAAAAAUUACAGACUCUCAUUUCAAUGGUGAUCCCGAGGACGUAGAUGAUAACGAUGACGAGGCCGAGGAUCACAGUGCAGACGAAUCUAGUUAUGGUCCCGACGAAUCCCACGAUGGGAAGAGCCCACUAAUCCCGCCCGGGAGCUCAAUUUUGAGCGGCCAUGGAGCCUUCCGAUUGAUUAACAAUCGUCACCUAGGCCAAAGACAACAACAACAACAACAACAACAACACCAUCGGUCAAUGGACGAAUCGGACUCCGAAGACCGUCCUUUAGAUUUCACCUCACGAACUGAUCAACUUGAUGCCAAUGAAAAUAAUUCAAGUCGGAAGCGAAAUCUUGAGGAGUACUUUCUCCCGUUCAAGCGCUUAGGAUUGGGUCAAACAAAGGACACAUUGGACGGGAAUUCCAAUGAAGACAAUAGCAUCAGGGACGAUGCUGUUAGCGCCAACAGUGGAGACGAGAUGGGAGAAGAUAAUUUACCUAGCAAAAGAAAACGCAAGGGAGUGCAAAGUUUUUCAAUCGAUGACAUUUUAUCUCACAAAACGGCCGAGCUUGUUCGACAGCAAAAGCGUCUUCACGAACAACAACAGCUCCAACAACAACAUUUUCAAAGCCAUAACAAUCCGUUCAACCCUGUGUCAGUUCCUCAAGCCAUUGUUCGACCCUGGGAUAUCGGUUCUGCAGCCGCCGUAGCCGCGCAAAUGGCUGCGGGUAAACCUGAAAAAGACUCACAUAGAUCCAUGAAAACGUCCUCGGAUGGAGGAUCUGGCAUGUCCUCAACGGAUCGAAGAAAAUCAACUGGAGACUCUCCUUUAGAUGCCUUGUUCCAAAUGGCAUCCAAAACCUUCGAGGGAUUGAAGGCAAAGUCAGAGCUGGAUCCUUCUCAAUUGUCGUUUUCGGCGAAGCAAGCUCCAAAGAAGAAACGAAAAUCUCGAACGGCCUUUACGAAUCAUCAAAUCUUCGAGUUGGAAAAGCGGUUCCUUUACCAGAAAUACCUUUCUCCCGCGGAUCGCGACGAGAUUGCCGCCGCUUUGGGCCUUUCCAAUGCUCAGGUGAUCACGUGGUUCCAGAACCGUCGUGCCAAGCUCAAACGUGACAUGGAGGAGUUGCGCAAGGAUGUGGAAUGCACAUCGGCGGUCUUGCCUCCCCAUUCGGCGGUGAUGACUGGGCAUCAUCAAAUGGCCGCAGCCGUGGCCGCAUUUGCCUCCAGCAGGCUGACCGCCAUGCCGGGAGCCAAGAUGAUGGGUCACCAUGCCUCACCCUUGAAUCUUCACCAAUCCCCACCAAGCAGUCGAGAGAGCAUGAUGUCUCCGCGAUCCCCGAUGAUUUCCGAAGGAUCUCCACCAAUUCGAGUGACUGAUUCAGACGGUUAAAAUUACCCACCUGGUCUCGACUUGUCAGCCAUUAAUAUCAUCAUCAACCCGCCCUGUACCAUUUAUUCUUCUUAUGGACCGGAUCUUUGACACGAAAUAUCCUGGUAACCCUAACAGUCUCUGCCGUAUCAGAAGAUGAUCAGCCAACCAACCAACCAACCAACCAACCAACCACCAACCAACCAACCAACCAACCAACCUGCGAAUUUAACUACCAUUCGCCCAUCCUCCAGAGUUUCCAAGUGUUGACCACGAUCCCGCAUAGUUCAUUCAAAUCUCAUUUCCGUAAUCCCUUCUCGACCUUAUUAUCUCAGAUUGCUCAUGCCCUUUGUCUCGACUCGAAGCCAAAAUAUAAUCUCGGAUACUUGAAAGCUGUUCAACCUUUGUUUUCAAUAUUUGUUACCCCGCCAGAUCCCCGGAAUCGAAAGUAACACCCACCCACCCACCCACCCACCCCCUCCAGGAUCUGCUUUCAGCAGACACCAUUAGAGAAUCUCAUCUUGUGCUUAUUGUUCUCCACUUUCUUUGGUCAUUGAUCUCCCCAAUGAUAGCAUAUACCAAACCUACCUUUUUGAUCAUUGCCUACCUGACCAGGCCAUUAUCGGCACCGGCCUGUUUGGUUUGACCUUUCAUUCUGUAGUGCUGUAUGUACUUGACAUCUUGCUAUUAUAUAGUAUAGUUCAUGAUUGAUUGAUGUUGUCGAAUAAAUUACUACUAAAUGUUACAUAA